AAACUUACAUCAAACCAAAACGUUACAUUUAAUUUUCUAUAUACUCUCAAAUUCAUACAUUUCAUGUGAACCAAACAAACACAAAAAAAAAAAAAACCAUUUUUUUUUGUUUCUUCACAUUCUUUAUCUUCAACCUUUCUCCACAAUUCAAGAAACCCCCAAAACCCUAGAUCGAUCAACUCCACCACCGUUCGUAAUUCUCGGUGGUGGAAACUGAAAUUCGCGUUCUCCGUUGCUGAAAUUUGAAAAAAAUUUGAAUUUUUUCGUUGGGAAUUGUUCUGAUUGAUUUCAAUUGCAGGUCCUAGGGUUUUAUUGGGGGUUUGAAACUGAAAUUUCAGUUAUUUGUUGCUGAAAUUUGAAUAAAAAGUGAUUAUUUUUCAUUGGGGUUGUUCAGAUUUUUUGAAUUGAAGUUUCUAGCGUUUUGUUUUUGGGGGUUUGAAAUGGGAAGUAGAAAGGAAGAAGAGAAGAUUGAGAAAAUUAUUAGGGGGCUUAUGAAGCUUCCGCCGAAUCGAAGAUGUAUCAACUGUAAUAGUUUGGGACCUCAGUAUGUAUGUACAACGUUUUGGACCUUUGUUUGCAUCACUUGCAGUGGAAUACACCGCGAGUUUACUCACCGUGUGAAGUCAGUUUCAAUGGCAAAGUUCAAUUUUCAAGAGGUUGAUGCUCUUCAAAAUGGUGGUAACCAGCGUGCAAGGGAUUUAUAUUUAAAAGAUUGGGACUUCCAAAGACAACGGUUGCCAGAUAGCAGCAAUGUCAACAAAGUAAGGGAGUUCAUAAGGAAUGUAUAUGUGGAUAAAAGAUAUGCUGGAACAAAGUUGGCUGAAAAGCCUCCGAGAGAUGCACAGAGCCCUUCAAUUAAUGAAGACGAGGUUAGGCGUGCCAGUUCUUAUCAUUCAUAUUCACAAAGUCCUCCAUAUGAUAAUCAAUACGAGGAUCGACGCUAUGGAACACAAGCAGGGGCUCUGACAAGAAAGCCUGGUUCAGAUAAAGUCCGUUAUGAAGGGAAGAUGGCUAGUAUUAUUUUUAGUCCUGGUCGUUUAAGUGAUCACUCGUAUGAUGAGAGAUUUGCUAAUGAGGGAUCUGGUCCAAGAAAUUCCGACUUUUCUGUGUCUAGUGGUCGUGAGCAAUUCAAGCCUGAUGUUCAGUCUCCUAAGUUUGGGUUUAACAGUCCAUCUUAUAAGCGUCCUGGUUCUAGUUCAAGUGAAGAUGUGUGGACUCAAGCAAAGAUUGCAGCUCUCGAAUCUAAUGCCGCUGCCAAGAGAGAUGCAGAUGGAAUUCAUCGUCCUCAGAGAACUACAUCAUUGCAACCAAGAGACAACAACCUUUCGACCUUAAGAUCUGACAACUCUGGUGGUCCAGUUGAUUUUUUCUCAGAAGCUUUCCAAUCUUCAGGGUCCGGAAAUUCACUGACAUCUGGUCCUGCAAGAUCGGUUAGCUUGGACCUUUCCAAGGCACCAGCGGCAUCAGCUUCAUCUAUUGAUCUUUUUCAAACGGUUGUACCAUCUCAAUCUGCAUUAGGAGAUCUGUUUCAACUAUCUGAUAAGGAAGCAGCUCCAUCUUUCAAGGGAAGUCAACCUACGCAAACACCCCAAGUCGCAUCUAUUGAUUUCUUUGCGGAUCUUCCUCAGCAGCAGCCUUCUGCUGCAACCUCAGAUGCAAAAUCAGUGGAGUUAUUCAUCCCUAAAAAUGAAGGUUGGGCAACAUUUGAUACGCCUCAGUUCACAUCAUCUACUACACAAGUGGAAAUUCCUGCGGCAGUUCCUUCAAGUGCUGAAUCUUCGCAGGAUAGAUUUGAUCCAUUCUCUACUGCACAAGUGGAAAUUCCUGCGCCAGUACCUUCAAGUGUUGAAUCUUUACAGGAUAGGUUUGAGCCAUUUUCAACCUUAAAUGGAAAUUUCCAAAUGCCAUCUUUUGAAAUGCCUAGUGUCGGUGUACCUUCAACUGUUACAUCUAAUGUAUGGCAUGAUGGUGUAUGGAAUGGAGAAAAACAAGUUCCUGUUAUGGCAACAGACACUCAACCAUGGAAUGCAUUUGAAGAUUUUGGUACCCAUCUUCCAGUGGAUGUCAAUAAUCAAGUAUUACAAUCGCAUAAUUUCCCAUCAGAAAGUUUUGGUUUAAGUGCUUCUGAGGUACCCAUUAAAGAUGGAAUCCAAGGCGUUGCUCCUAUUGGAGGGUUUGAUAAUCAUGAAUUCCCAUCAAAUGGAGAUAUUCAACCUAAUGGAAUCAAUCGUAAAUCAACUAAUCCAUUUGAUUUUCCCUUUGAUUCUGAUGUAGAACAGAACAAUAUGUUUCUUGAUAUGAACUCUUUGCAAGCUGCUUUGCCAGAUGCCCUUUUGCCAGCCACAUUUGGUGGUAUCCCUGAACCUUGGCUCCCUCAAAAUACAGUGACCCCAUAUAUUUCAUCUGCAGAAGGUGGUUUCUCAUUCAUGGCCGUGCACACACCAAGUUCUCAAUUACAGAACAUCCAAGCACAGGAACCAGUUGCGUCGUUUGGCGGAAAUCCUUUUGCAUAGAAUAAUUCCUGUACAUUGUACUAUUGUUUCCAAAUAGAAAGUCAUGUGUAGCCAGUGUUAGAUACUGAAGAAGUAAUGUUUGAUGCUUUUUAGAUCAAAAUGUAACUCAUUACUUCCAUUCGAGGAAGGCGUCGCAAUUCAUAGUCCCUACUAUAUUUUCAGGCAAUGAUUUGUAAUACUAUAAUUUAACACAUUAUAGUUAGAAUUCUUGAUACUUAUUGACUAAAAUCAAUUUGAGUUUGAGACUAUUAAUGAUA